GCGCAAAGUGACGGCGCCUGAACCCGGACACCGACAACCCCCAGCCAGGGCCGCCGCGCGGGAGUGGUGGGGGGCUUCUGCCUCCCUCUGCCUUGGCCUGGGGUUUCCGCACGCCAGGCGGGAACACAGCUCGCGGCCAUUUUCCAGCGAGCCCUCCCGCCCCUGUUUCCAUCGCCUCUGCCAGUGGGCUCCGGCUGUGCGGGAAACAUGGCCGCGGGGGGCCGGGCUCCUCCAACCCGCCUCUGGCCCAGCCCAGGCGGCUGCCCGGGCGGUCAGCAGGGGCCGGGGGCGAAGGGCGACGGCUGCCGCGCCGCCCUGCACUGAGGCGCCGGGGCCCCCACACGCACCCGCAGACGCCGGCGGUGCUGCCCCAGGCGCGGCAUGGCGGCGGGCGGCGGGCUCUGCGGCUCCCGCGCCGGCUCUGCGGGGCUCUGGGACUGGAACCAGACGUGGUAUACAAACACCCCCAGAUUUACCUGGUGCUUCGAGAACACAGUUGUUCCUUGGAUCCCCUGUGCCUAUCUUUGGAUCUGUUUUCCAUUCUACUACUUGUAUCUUCGACACAAAAACAAAAGCUAUAUUAGGAUGUCCCACAUCUUCAAAAGUAAAAUGGUCCUUGGAUUCAUCCUUGUAAUACUGUGCUUUUCUAAUGUCUUCUUCAUGCUGGGGAAAAUAAACCAAGGAAUCCCGUGGGCUCCAGCAGUCUUCAUUACCCCUGCAGUACUGGGGAUUACGAUGAUGCUUGCAAUGUUCCUUACCCAGGCAGAAAGAAUGGUGGGCACCCAGUCUUCAGGCAUCUUGCUGAUUUACUGGCUGCUCACGUUCCUGUCUGCAGUCGUGAUGCUUAGUUCCAAAAUCCAACAUGCCCUAGAAAGAGGCUUCCUGGAAGACCCUUUCCACCAUGUUACAACUUACCUUUAUGUUAGCCUGGUGCUAGGAGAACUUGUGUUGUUCUGUUUAGUUGACCACCCUCCCUUCUUCUCGAAAGCUGUCAACAGCACUAAUCAGUGUCCAGAAGCCAACACCUCUUUUCUUUCCAAAAUCACAUACUGGUGGUUCUCUGGGCUUGUCUGGAAAGGCUAUCAGCAAUCCUUGGGGGUGGAUGACCUGUGGUCAGUGAGGAAAGAGAACUCCUCAGAAGAAAUUGUUGCCCGGAUUGAAAGAGAAUGGAAAAAGUAUCGUAGCAGAACCAAGCAAAAAAUGGAGUCCAUAACAUUUAAAAGGAGUCAGAAGAGUGAAACUGGCUUAGCAGAAGCUGAAGAGACCCAGGUCCUACUGCAAUCAGAGCAGAGUCAGAAUGGGCCCUUACUGAAAGCUUUUUGGAGCAUGUUUGGAACCUAUUUCCUUCUUGGCACCCUCAGCUUAGUUAUCUGUGAUGUCUUCUUGUUUUCCAUCCCAAAGUUACUGAGCCUUUUCCUGGAGUUCAUUGAAGACCAAGAAGCCCCUAACUGGCAUGGUUAUUUCUAUGCCUUCACUAUGUUCCUAUUAGCUUGUCUCCAGACUCUGUUUGAACAACGAUACAUGUACAUGUGUCUUGUUCUGGGGUUGAGGCUAAAAACUGCAGUAACAGGGCUUGUGUACAGGAAGAUUCUAGUCAUGUCAAAUGCAUCAAGAAAAGCAGCAACAGUAGGUGAAAUUGUUAAUCUGGUAUCUGUUGAUGUCCAAAAGCUAAUGGAUCUCAUCAUCUAUUUUAACGGGACCUGGCUUGCUCCUAUUCGGAUUAUCAUCUGUUUUGUCUUCCUGUGGCAGCUUAUUGGGCCUUCUGCCUUGACUUCAAUUGCUGUAUUUCUUCUUCUUUUGCCACUGAAUUUUGUGAUCACGAAGAAAAGGAGUCAAUUUCAGGAGGCCCAGAUGAAUUAUAAAGAUGAGAGGGCCAAACUCACCAAUGCCAUUCUCAGUGACAUUAAAGUAAUCAAACUCUAUGGCUGGGAGAACAUCUUCAUGGAGAAAGUGCUUGAUAUCCGGAAGCAAGAACUUUGGGCCCUAAGAAGAUCUCAGAUUCUCCUCUCAGCAUCUUUAGCUUCCUUCCAUUCAUCAACUUUCCUGAUUGCAUUUGUCAUGUUCGCUGUCUACAGCCUGGUGGACAACACACACAUCCUGGAUGCUCAGAAAGCUUUUGUAUCUUUAACCCUGAUCAACAUUCUCAACACUGCACACUCCUUCCUGCCAUUCUCCAUAAAUGCUGCAGUCCAGGCCAAAGUUUCUUUAAACCGCUUAGCAGCUUUUCUGAAUCUGGAAGAACUGAAUCCUGAGAGCUCAAGCAGAAACACUUCUGACCAGGUGCAAGCAAGCAUCACCAUAAGGAAUGGGACUUUUAGCUGGAGCAAGGAAACUUCUCCUUGUCUUAGAAGGAUAGAUCUCACUGUGCAUCGAGGCUCCUUGCUUGCUGUAGUUGGCCAAGUGGGUGCUGGAAAGUCCUCCUUGCUGUCAGCAUUACUUGGCGAGAUGGAAAAUACAGAUGGCUAUGUGACCAUGAAGGGCACAGUCGCUUAUGUUCCUCAGCAAGCUUGGAUACAAAAUGCUUCAGUGGAAGAUAACAUUCUCUUUGGGAAAGAGAUGGAUGAAAUAUGGUUCAGUAGAGUUAUUGAUGCUUGUGCACUUCAAGCUGAUUUGGAGAGCUUCCCUGCAGGGCGGAAGAGUGAAAUAGGAGAGAAGGGGAUUAAUAUAUCUGGAGGGCAGAAACAAAGAGUGAAUCUCGCUCGUGCCGUGUACCGGAAGGCUUCCAUUUACCUGCUGGAUGACCCUCUCUCAGCUGUUGAUGCCCACGUUAGACAGCAUAUUUUUGAACAUGUUCUUGGACCCAAUGGCCUACUGAAGGACAAGACCCGUGUGCUGGUGACUCACACAAUCAACAUUUUGCCCCAAGUGGACAAUAUUGUUGUGCUGGUGGAUGGAACGAUCUCAGAAGUUGGUUCUUACCAAGAACUUCUACAGAGAAAUGGGGCUUUUGCAGAAUUUCUUCAUUCACACAUUACUGCAGAAGAGAAAGCAGGCUCUGGUUUAUCAGCUGUAGGAGACACCAAAGGCACCAUCACUUCUGGAAAUGAUCCAUCGCAGGAGAAGCUCUGUAGUGACAGUUCAGUCAAGUCUUGUGUGACGGAAAGGGAGACCAUUCCUGUAAGUCAAGACUGUACCCCCGCUGCAGCUGCCAAAGGAAGAUUAACCAAGGAAGAGAAAGCUCAACGCGGCAGGGUUAAUAUUUCAAUUUAUGUGGCGUACCUGAGGGCAACAGGCUCCUUGCUGUGUUUGUACAUCAUUCUGUUGUUCACAUGUCAGCAAACUGUGUCAUUUUCUCGUGGUUAUUGGCUCAGCAUGUGGACAGACGACCCUGCUCACAACGGAACACAGCAGCACACAGAGCUCAGGGUUGGAGUCUUUGGUGCACUAGGAGUCAUUCAAGCCCUCAGCAGAUUCGUCUCCACAGCAGCAGUCCUUCUAGGUGGCGUGUUAGCAUCACACAAGCUGUUUCGGCAGCUGCUGAGGAGCGUCGCUAGAUCCCCCAUGAUCUUCUUUGAGCAGACGCCCAUUGGGAACUUGCUGAACCGCUUCUCCAAAGAAAUCGAUGCUAUUGAUUCUGUCAUCCCAGACAAGCUGAAGUCCUUGCUUGGAUUCUUGUUCAACUUGCUGGAGAUCUAUCUUGUGAUUAUAGUGGCUACACCUAUGGCAGCAAUGGCCAUAGUGCCCUUGACUGUGCUGUAUGCUGUAUUCCAGCACUUCUACGUCAUCACCUCCUGCCAGCUGAGACGCCUGGAGGCUGCCAGCCGAUCCCCCAUCUAUUCCCACAUUUCAGAAACCUUUCAAGGGAGCAGCGUGAUCCGUGCUUACAAGGACCAGGAGAGAUUUAUUUUGAAAAGCAAUUCCCGAGUGGAUGAGAAUCAGAGAACAUGUUUCCCUGGAGCCGUUGCUGACAGAUGGCUUGCUACAAACCUGGAAUUUCUAGGCAAUGGCGUUGUGCUGUUUGCAGCACUAUUUGCAGCAAUUGGCAGAACACGUCUUAGUCCAGGAACUGCUGGCUUUUCUAUUUCAUAUGCUCUUCAGAUAACUGGUGUUUUGAACUGGAUGGUGCGCUCCUGGACAGAAAUAGAAAACAACAUUGUUUCUGUGGAGAGAGUGAGAGAAUACUUGAGGACUCCUAAAGAGGCACCCUGGACUCUCAAUGGCAAACCUCAAGAUCAGGCUUGGCUCACUGAAGGAAGAAUUGAAUUCAGAAACUAUAGUUUGCGAUACAGGCCAAAUUUGGAGUUAGCACUGAAGCAUGUCAGUCUAACAAUCAAUGGGCAAGAGAAGAUUGGUAUAACUGGGAGAACAGGAGCUGGGAAAUCUACUCUUGCUGUUGGAUUGCUGCGAUUAGUAGAAGCUGCGGAAGGAGAGAUCCUAAUUGAUGGACUAGAUAUUGCUCAAGUAGGUCUCCAUGACCUCAGAACCAAGAUAACUGUGAUCCCCCAGGAUCCAGUUUUGUUUUCUGGCUCUCUAAGAACAAAUCUUGACCCCCUUAACCAAUACACUGAUGCAGACAUCUGGACAGCUUUGGAACUGACUCAGCUCAAGAACUUCAUCGCAGAUUUGCCAGAUCAGUUGGAAUAUAAGUGCACUGACCAAGGGGAAAACCUGAGCACUGGUCAGAAGCAGCUGGUUUGUCUGGCCAGAGCACUUCUCCAGAAAGCCAAAAUCCUGGUUCUGGAUGAGGCUACAUCAGCUGUAGAUCUAGAAACUGAUCUUCAGAUUCAGGCCACCCUGAGGACUCAGUUCAAAGAGAGUACAGUGUUAACUAUAGCUCACCGUGUAAACACCAUCAUGGACUGCGACAGGAUUUUAGUCCUGGAAAACGGUUGGGUAGCUGAAUUUGAUACUCCGGAAAAACUAAUAGCUCAAAAGGGAGCAUUCUACAGACUGGUGGAAGAAUCAGGCCUUGUCUGACUCAGCCGUGGAGCAUACCGUAAUACUGCUGUUACCGGGAAUAACUGACCUCUUAA